AUGGCGACGGAGCUGGAGGAACUCCUGGGCUUCCUCUCUUCUCCCUCACCACCUAUUAAAAAGGUUGCUGUAAAUAUUGUUCGGGACUAUACGGGGUCUGAGGAUGGGCUUCAGUCUCUGGGCAGAUACUUCGGUGUUGCCGUCCCUUCGUUGUCUCGACUGCUUGCUGAAAAAAAGGAUGUUUCGGAACCUGCUGCACAAGCCCUUGUCAAUUUGUCUCAAACGCCAGAUUUAGCUGGAAAGAUGAUCGAGAUGGGUAUAAUAAAAAACGUGAUGGAUAUUCUGUACAAGCAAGGCUGUGAAAUCACACAAUUGCUUGUUAUGCUCCUUGUUAAUCUCACACAGUUAGAUGCUGGUAUCGAAUCUUUGCUUCAGCAAGAAGAUGAGAAGAUGUGUGGUCUAUAUAUCAUGAAGUUGGUGAGAUCAUUCUGUACAUCGCCUAGCGAGAAUAAAGGUGACCCAUUUGAACACGUGGCUUCAGUACUUGUAAACAUUUCGAAGAAGGAAGCAGGAAGAAAGCUUCUAUUGGACCCUAAACGAGGACUUCUGAAGCAAAUUAUUAGGCAAUUCGAUUCACCUAGCCCAUUGAGAAAGAAAGGGGUCUCUGGAACUAUUCGAAACUGCUGUUUCGAAGCUGAGAGGCAGCUGCAAAAUUUGCUUUUGAUAUCCGAAUUUCUUUGGCCCGCACUACUGCUUCCAGUUGCUGGAGAUACGAUUUAUAGUGAACAAGACACAUCUAAAAUGCCCCUAGAGCUAGCAAGUGCCCUCUCAAUCCAGCGUGAAACAGUGACCGAUCCAGAAAUUCGCAUUCAAGCACUUGAUUCUAUAUACUUGCUCGUCCUACAGGAAGCUGGAAGAAGAGCUUUCUGGUCGAUUAAUGGUCCCCGAAUAUUACAAAUAGGUUACGAAGAUGAGAAGAAUCCUCAAGUAAUGGAGGCAUAUGAACGAGUCGGCUCAUUGCUGGUUCAGGAAGUAGACUACGGCACGACUGAGGACUCGAAACCAGGAAUGUCAUAA